CGCAAUUUGUAGUCAAAGCGUGUAAAAUAUUUGACUAAAUACCAUUCAAAAUGGGAACUUUUUUGUGAGACGGAUGGAGUAAUUCUUAACCUACCUUUUCAGUAUUAAUUUACGUACCAGAUCCUACUUUUAUUCAUCACAUCCAAAGACAUUUUUGGAAAGUCAAUACCAAAAUACACAUUCUCGUAAAUAUAUAAAUAGGCUUUAAUCACUCUUAAUAUACUUCACACACAUCCAUCAUUUGCAAAAGACAAAUUCCCCAAAUGGCUAUUAUUCCCAAGUCUCCUCCCAUAUUCUCCAUCUUCCUAUUCCUCGCAUUCUCCCUUUCCGGCAUCCAAACGAGUCACGCCAUUCGCGUGCUCCAACAACUCCCCGACGUCCCCCCCAUACUCUCCGCCGUUCUUCCGACAUCUCCGGUCAUAUCGGGAGAAACUCUGACGACCCCGCUUCUUCCGCUGCCGCCGCCGCUGCCGGACGCCGCCACUUUGUUCGGAGAACCGCUGCUUCCGCCGCCGGCCUCGUCGCUGAACUUGCCUUUCGUUCAACCUUCUACUAAUGCUCUCCCUUCACUCCCAACAUUUCCUACCCUUUUACCACCUCCAAUGAACUAAACUAAUUGAUUAAUUAAACUUCUCUUGAUGAGUUUGUUUGAUUAAUACGGAGUAAUAUUUUCUCUGUCACUAAAAAUCCGUUUAAAAAAACACUUCUAUGUACUUUUGUUGCGUUUGGAGUCGUUAAAUGUUGUGGUACUACCAAUAAUAUGUGUGGUUCAUAGUUCAUUCUAUAUAUGUUAGGUUGUGAAUGAAACUAUAUAUGUUGU